AUGUCGUUCGACCCGGAUCGUCCGCGAUUCGAUCAAUCCACAUUUUAUGGGCGGUUACGGCACUUUGCCGGUAUGACGGAUCCGCUGAUUGCGUUCUCGUCGACGUCGGAGCUUCUGGCGGCAUCCGAUUUGAUGCAAAAAUGCAGGUAUCUUAUUAAAAGCAAAAAGAUAAUAACAGUCUUUUUCUCUUCAAAAGUACGUUGUUACUAUAAUAAUAGUUGAAUUGGAUAAACUGGAAUGAAAAAAUUUGCACACGCUGAAGCUUGUUAUUGAUUUUCUGCGGAGAAGGAAAAAAUGAUGUGAAGUAUUCGUUUUUAGAGAAAAAAAACCGACACCGGCGACCCUGGAAGAGUUGCACAGAGCCCAGAGACUCUACCAAUCCGCAUUCCAUCCGGAUACUGGCGAACUGCAAAAUUUUGCGGGACGAAUGUGCUUCAAUGUGUGGGGAGGAACAAUGCUCUGUGGCGCCAUGAUGAUUUGGUGAGAGUUUUGCCUGAAACAUGUAAAAUUAAAUACGCUGUAUAGGUAUAAAUCAACACCUGCUGUAAUUUUUUGGCAAUGGGCGAACCAGUCGUUCAACGCUCUAGUCAACUACACGAAUCGUAACGCGAAGAGCACGUUGACAACGAAGGAUUUGGUGAUGUCCUACUCAACUGCAGUCUCCGGAGCUCUUGGAAUGGCAAUCGGAUUGAAGACGUACUUUGCGAAGAAGCAGAGCAGUCCGUUGGCUCAGCGCCUCGUGCCACUCGGAGCUGUCGCCGUCGCGAAUGCCAUUAAUAUUCCAAUGAUGAGACAAAAGUGAGCUGUUCUUCAGUUUUUUUCAGCAAUUCAUAUUUUCAGUGAGCUCAAGGACGGAAUGACCGUGACGGAUGCCGAAGGAAACAACAUUGGCGUGUCCCGUCUGGCGGCCGCCAAAGCCAUAAGUCUAGUUGUGCUCUCCAGAAACAUAAUAGUAGCUCCAUGCAUGAGUGAGUUCGCUUUUCCGGAAAUGAAUGAGUUUACUCAAUUUCCAGUCCUUACUCCUGUCAUAAUGGAAGGCCUAAACAAAGUGGCCUCGUUCCGAAAGCACAUCAACAAACUCAACAUUCCAACACAACUGGCACUGACUUUUGUGAUGUAAGAAGACAGAUUUCCAGAAGAGACCAGCAAACGAUGUUUCUUGCAGAUACGGUGCAAUGAUUCCGAUCGGCUGUGCACUUUUCCCGCAGCAAAACUCGAUCAAGCUGUCGACUUUGAAGCGAUGGGAGCCGGAGGCGUACGAAAAACUGAAGGAUAUCAAGGGAGACCGAGUGUACUUUAACAAAGGACUCUGA